AUGAACAAUUCAAAAGCAAUGAAAAAUAGAAAUAUAGGAAAAUGUGAUUAUGUUAAAAAAGAAAAUAAAAAUACCUUUCAAUCAAUGAACUCAAAAAAUCAAGCAAUUAUAGAUGAUAAAAUUAAUAAAUACAAAAAAAAUAAAAAUGAGAGAGGCUAUUCUUUUGAAAAAUUCAAUGAAAAUGCUCAUAGUGAUAAAAUUAUAAAAAAAAACAAUGAAAAAAGUAGUAACAGCAACAAUCAAAAAGAAAAUACUAUAAAUUGGAAUAGUAAAAAUGUUGAAAAUUUUAACAAAUUAUCACAAAAUGAAUUUAAAAACAAGAACAGCAAUUCUUUCUUAAAUAGAAAUUUAAUAAAUUACAAGGAAAAUAGGAAUAGUAAUGAUAAUAAUAACAAAUUUUUCCAGAACUUUAGGAAAUUAGCAUAUAAUAAAAUAGAAAAAAAAAAUGAUUUGAGUUACACAAAAAACAUAAACAUAAAUAGCAAUAAGAAGGAAAUGAGCAAAAAUGUAAAUAUGAAUGAUAAAAAAAAUUUAUGUUCAAAAAAUAAUAAUUCAAUUGAAAUUCCCAAAAGUUUUUAUUUUUGUAAUAAUUCUAAAUUAUCAACAAAUGGAUCAGAGAUUGUUGAAGAUGAAAAUGAUUUAAAAAAAAGGAAUAUUUUAAAAGAAAAUUUUGGAAAAAAUGAGGAUAAUAUAAAAAAUUCAAAAAUUAAUGAUCCAGAAAAAAAAGAAGAAAAUAUCAACAAUUAUGAUAUAGAAAGAAUAAGUAACAAAAGUGUAAAAAGUUAUAAAAAAAAUAAAAAAAAGGAGGAAAAUAUUAAAACUAACGAUAUAGAAAAAAGGGAUGAAGAUAUCAAAAAAUAUGAAGUAAAAGAAGAAGAAAGUGAUAAAUUGUGUGGAGUAAAUAAUAAAAUAAAAGAUGAAAACGAUGAAAGUAACAAUAAUAGUGCGAAUGUUGUUAUUAGCACAGUUAGUACAAGUAGUACGAUGACUAAUUUAUUUGGAAAAAAUGAAGAUAUAAAUGAUAAAUAUAAUAGUGAAAAAUUGAAUAAUAAAAAUGUGAUCUUAAAUAAAAAUGGUAAUUAUAAAAAUUUUAUUACAUAUAAUAGAAAUUUAUCUUAUAAAAAAGAUUAUAGAAAUAAUAAAAUGAAUUCAAACUUACAUAAAAUUAACAGUAAUUACAGAAAUAACGAUAUCAAUAAAAAAAAUGAAUUCAAAAAGAAUGAGAGUUUUAAAAAUGAUGAUAUUCAUAAAAAUAGUGACAAUUAUAAGUAUAACAAUAUAAAUGAAUAUAAAAAUUGUGAUAAUUUAAAAAAUAAUUAUAAAAAUAAUGAAAAAUUUAAAGACACUGAAAAUUAUAAAAUGAAUGGUAUAAAUAAUUAUAAAAAUGGUAAUAAUGGUAAUUAUAAAAGUAAUGAUAGUUACAAAAUCAAAGAAAAUUUUAAAAAUAAUAACAUGAAUAAUUAUAGAAAUAGCAUUAAUAGUGUAUAUAAAUCUGUUGACAAUUCAAAAAGUAGUGAUAUUUCAAAAAAUAAUGACAAUAUGCAAAAUAUUGAUAAUUAUAAGAAUGACAUUUAUAAAAAUAACAAUAUCUCAAAAAAUAGUGAUAAUUACAAAAAUAAUAAUUUUAAAAUUAAUUAUAAUAACAAUGGUGAUAAUCAUUAUUAUAAAAAUAAUAAUCAUAAUGAUACUAACAAUAAUGGAGAUAAUUAUUAUAAAAAAAAUAACAACGAUAAUUACUUUUAUAAAAAUAAUUAUAAUUAUGAGCAAUACGAUGAAAAUGGAGGUUACAGAAAUACUAAUUUUAAAAAUAGAAAUGAAUUAUCUAAUAUAAAAAAAAUAGAUGUAAAAUAUAAUAAUGGAGAAAGUUAUGUAAGAAAAUAUAAUAAUGAUGCCAAUUAUUUUAAAAAAAGUGAUGCUAUGAAUAAUAGUUUUAAUAAAAAAGAUUUAUACACAUAUAAGAACAAAAGUAACAAUAAUUAUAAAAAUGGAAUUAUCAAUAUUAUAAUUAAUAAUAAAGAGCCAAAUAAUUAUGAAAAAGAAAAUAAUUAUACAAAAAAUGAUUUAAAUGAUAUAACACUAGAAAAUAUAUAUGAAAGUAGUACAAAUAGUUUAGAGAAGAUAUUUGAUAAAGUGCAUAAUACCACUACUGCAUCUACUACAAUAUAUAGCAAUAAUAAAGACAAUAAAAAUAAUAAUAAUAAUAAUGAUUAUAAUAAUAAAGAUGAUAAUAAUAAUGUUAAUAAUAAUAAUGAUAAAAAUAAUAGUAAAGAUGAUAUUAGUAAUAAUGAAUACGAUAAUAUUAAUAAAGAUAAUAAUAAUAAUAAUAAUAAUUUUAAUAGUAAUAAUGAUAGUGAUAAUAGUAAUGAUAUUAAUAAUAUUAAUAAUGAUAUUAAUAAUAAUACUAUUAAUGAUGAUGUUAAUAAUGAUAAUAAUAUUAGUAAAGAUGACAUUAACAAUAAUGUUACUAAUGAUAAUAAUAAAAAUAAAGAUGAUAUUAAUAAUAAAGAUGAUAUAAAUAAUAAUGUUAGUAAUGACUAUAAUAAUAAUAGCAUUAACAAUGAUAAUAACGCCAUUAAUGAUAAUAAUGGAAUUAAUAAUUCUGACUUGAAAUUUUUAAAAAAAAAAAAUAAAAAAAAAGAAUAUCAGAAUGAAGAAUAUUUAAAUGAUCAUGAAAAAAAAUAUGUUAAUAUUAAUACAAAAAACUAUGUAUAUGAAAAAGAAAAAUAUAAAAUAAAUAAUUUUUUUUUAGAGAAAGAUAACUUAUGUGAAAAUAUAGAAACAAUAAGUGAUGACAAAAUUAAGAAUUGUGAAAAUAAUUUAUCAAAAAAUUAUGGAAAUCUGGAAAAUGAUGAAUAUUAUUAUACAAAGAGGAAUGAAGAUAAUUUAAUAAAAAACGAUGACGAUAAUAACAUAACGAAAACAACUAAUAAUAAUAUUAUAAAUGAUUCUGAAGAUAUAAAGAACCAUAUAAGAGAAAGCAAGGAUGAAAAUAAUGACGAUGAAAAUUCCAGUUCUCUUAGUUUUAAAGAAUUCAAGAAAUGGAUUGGUAAUAGAUAUAACAAAUUAUUAGAAGCAUAUAUAGAUCAAGAAAAUAGAAAAAAAAAUAAUAACGAAAUAUUUGAAGAUGAAAUAAAAAUGUAUAAAUUAAACCCAUACAAUAACAGUAACAUUAUAGAAAAUAAUAUUGUAAAUGAAAUAAGUGAAAUUUCAGAAAAAAAUAAUAAUAGUUCUAUUAUAUUUAAUGAAAGCAGUUUAAAUUUUCAUAAUAAUUCAAUUUCGUCAAAUGGGAACUUAUUACAUAAUGAAAAUAAAAACAGAUAUUCUAAUUUAAUAAUUAAAAACAACUAUACAGAUAUUAUAAAUGACCCUUAUAACAAUACAAACAAUAAUUAUAUAUUAAGUUCAGCAAAUUCAACACUAUCAUAUAAUAAUAUAUAUAAUGAAGAAGAAAAAUAUUAUCCUAAUAGUUAUCGUUUAAAUAAUCAAAACACUUCAGCAUCUUCAUUCCAAAAAAAUAGUUCAAAUUCCAAAUGCACAUAUACAAAUUUUUCAUCAAAUAAAAAAUUUGAUAAUUCUAAGAAAGGAGAUUAUUCUAAUACUCACUUAAAUACUUUUAUUAAAAAUACUAAUAAUAGUUAUAAAAAUAAUCAAAAUACAGAAAAAAUGAUUGACUAUAAUUUUAAUAAAAAAACACUAUACUACGAAAAAAAUGCAACAGAUCAACACUUAGAUAAUAAUCAUUCAAUAAAUAAAAAACUUAGUAAAUAUCAAAUGAAUAAUCAAUCAUUUUUUAAAAAAAAGUAUCAAAAUUCAGAACAAAGAAAUGAUUUCAUAAAAAAUGAAGCAAACAAUCAAGUAGCUUAUAAAUCAAAUAGGCAUGUAAUAUGCCAUUUAAAUAAUCAACCAGAUAAUCGAAUUUCAAAAUUAAUAAAUGAGCAAUAUAAUAAAAGAAAUAAUUCGAAUGAUUUGAACGAUCAAUUCUGCACAUCUAAACAUAAGAUACUUAAUAAUCCUUUACUUAGAAAUAAUUCAGAAUUUCCAUUUGUAUACAAUUCAAAUAAAAAUAUGAGUAAUAAAAAAAUAAACGCAGAAUAUUUAUCCACACAAAACGAAGUUAAUAAAAAGAGACAGUAUGAAUGA